UUUAGCGAGGAACCUUUCAAUUGCUCAAACAUUGAAGACCCUCCUAGUAAGUAACUGCCAAAUUGUAACUCCAAUUCCCCUGUAAACCUCAACUAAACUCCAUUAACUACAAGAUACCAAUCGACCCUCUUUCCCUUCAUUUCAUUUUCCCCUUAAUUAGGCACUCUAUAAAUAUGCAUUUCAGCUAAACCUCUAUUCAUUCAUUCAUCUUAUAAACCUCACAAAAGGCUUUUUGUAUUCACUUUCUUCUAUCAUUGUCAUAACUUGUGCUGUGUCCUCAAAAUGGUUGUGACUUCAAAGAGAACCACUACAAAAUCUUCUGUUAGUGCUAACCAACGUGAUGAAUCAUCACUUUCAUUAGUCCAUGUUGAGCAAGCUCUACCCAUUUCUGUUGUUGCACCAAUUGUUUCAUCAUACAAUGAAAAAAUACGUCCAGUUCUCGAUGCCCUUGAGAAUCUAAGGCGUCUCAACAUUGCCAAAGAAGGAAUUCAGCUUCCAACAAUUGUUGUUGUUGGAGAUCAAUCUUCAGGAAAGUCCAGUGUCCUUGAAUCUUUAGCUGGUAUCAGCUUGCCACGUGGACAAGGAAUCUGCACGAGAGUACCCUUAAUUAUGCGCCUUCAGAAUCAUCCACUUUCAAAACCAGAACUCUUGUUAGAAUUCAAUGGCAAAACAGUUUUCACUGAUGAAAAAGAUGUUUCUGAUGCAAUAAACAUAGCUACUGAGGAAAUUGCUGGUUCUGCCAAAGGGAUUUCCAACACUCCUUUGACAUUGAUUGUCAAGAAGAACGGUGUUCCUGAUCUUACCAUGGUUGAUCUUCCAGGUAUCACACGUGUACCUGUUCAUGGUCAACCUGAUAAUAUCUAUGAUCAGAUUAAAGAUAUUAUUAUGGAGUAUAUAACUCCUGAAGAAAGUAUUAUCUCGAAUGUCCUUUCUGCUACUGUUGAUUUUACAACUUGUGAGUCUAUUAGGAUGUCACAAAUGGUUGAUAAAACUGGUUUGAGGACACUUGCUGUUGUCACAAAAGCCGAUAAAUCUCCUGAAGGAUUGUUGGAGAAGGUUACCGCUGAUGAUGUUAACAUCGGUCUAGGUUAUGUCUGUGUGCGAAACCGAAUUGGAGAUGAGACCUAUGAAGAUGCUAGACUGGAAGAAGAAAAGCUGUUUGAGUCUCACUCACUUCUUUCUAAGAUUGACAAAACCAUUGUUGGUAUUCCUGUUUUAGCUCAGAAGCUUGUUCAGGUUCAAGCUAUGAUUAUCUCAAAAACUUUGCCAGAGAUCAUCAAGAAGAUUAAUGAGAAGCUUGCUUCUAAUGCAAAUGAGUUAGAGAAUUUACCUGCUAAUUUAUCUUCUGUUGCUGAUGCUAUGACUGCUUUCAUGCAUAUUCUUGGUUUGUCUAGAGAUUCUCUCAAAAAGAUUCUUCUCACAGGCGAUUUCGAAGAGUACCCUGAGGACAAGCACAUGCAUUGCACUGCUCGAUUAGUCGAGAUGCUUAACUUAUAUGCAAGCGAUCUUGAAAACUGUGCUGAAAGUGAUGCGAAAAAGAAUUUUCUUAUGGAAGAGAUUAAGGUGUUGGAAGAGGCCAAAUGGAUUGGUCUACCAAACUUCAUGCCAAGAACUGCAUUUUUGACAAUACUGCAGAGAAAAGUUAAGGGCAUUUCUUAUAUGCCAGUUAACUUUGUGGAUAAUGUUUGGAACUAUCUUGAAUCAGUUGUGAUUUCUAUUUUGAAUCAUCAUUCUUCAAAUUAUUAUCAGCUUCAGGUUUCCACUCGCAGAGCAGGCGAGAAAUUGAUUGCUAAGAAGAAGAAAUGUUCAGUCCAACAUGUGAUGGAAGCUGUCGAGAUGGAAAAACUGACAGAUUACACUUGUAAUCCUGAGUAUUUGCUGGAGUAUAAUAGGCUGAUAGCUCAACAAGAAUCAUUUGUGAAAGAAGUUCUGAACCCUGAAACAAACCCAACACAUGUGAAGCUUGAAGGUGUUGGUGAUAUUGAUGUUGUGAAUCUGAGGAAUUACCCUCAUGUGCUAUGUCAGGCUUUUGAUUUGAAGGCUAGGAUGAUUGCUUAUUGGAAGAUUGUUUUAAGGAGGCUCAUUGACAGCAUAGCUCUGCAUUUAAUGUUGAGCAUCAAUGAACUGAUUAACAAUGAUUUGCAGAAGGAGAUUUGUAAUGAUCUUUUGUCUCCAAGUGGUGGUGGGAUUGAGAGGCUGCUUGAAGAGUCUCCGUCUAUUUCUGGAAAGAGGGAGAAGCUAAGUCGAAGUGUCAAAGUUCUUAGAGAAAGUAAGGAGACUGUUGCCAGAAUUAUGGACAGGAUUGGAAUCUAUGAUUAGAAGAAGUUCUGCUCAAGGUUUCAUCAAGGCGUCAUGGUUUUGGUUUGUUUGAAUCUAUCAUGCUGGAGUCUUUUCUCAUGAGUUUUUUUGUUUAAGAAUAAAUGUGGAAUUGUAUUCCCGGUUUAUGGUUUUUGUUCAUCUAAAUUAAUCGA